CAUACCGUCUCAUAUAAGUCUCAUAAUACGGAUACAUAGUGAGGAGAGGACGAAGGACCGACCAUGGCGACAUACAGGGGUUUCCUGCUCGCCUUUGCUCUCGUGCUUGCUGCUGCUGUCCUCGUCGCCUCGGUUGAAGAAAAAACUCAGGCCAAGAAGGAGGAGCCCACGACGGACCUGCAGGACUACUACCGUGGCGGCGGAGGCUACCCUGGUCGUGGAGGAGGAGGAGGGUACUACCCGUACCCUGGCCGCGGAGGAGGCGGCUACCCAGGCCGUGGUGGCGGCGGCGGCAGGUACUGCCGGUGGGGCUGCUGCGGCCGCGGGUACUACGGCGGCUGCAGGUGCUGCGGCCGCUUUGACGAGAUGCCGGAGCCCAUGUACCGUCCUGAAGCGGAGGUGCACAACUGAACUGAACGCACGGCAUGCACGUACCUGGCCAGCAGUUUGCUCAAAAUAAAAGUAAGGUGAAUGUAUAGUACGUAAUGUGAUCUUGUAGAACGCAGCCGUGUGUUCUUGCAAGGUUAUGCAUAUGCUGUGUGACAUGUGUGCUAGUUCAGAAGACUGGUCAGUAGACGGAUGCAUGUAUUGUAUUGUACUUGUGCUACGCUGUGCUUUGAUCAUGCGUGGAAUAAAAAAGACAUGCGAAUAGCUGCUUGCUC